AGGUAAAUAAACUAUUACACAUACAACACAUGACAAGGUAAACACAUAAGCUACUGUUGCUCAGAAAAUUGAUACAUACAGAGAACCAAAACCCUACAUUAUGAGAAAAAGAAUGGUAUCAGUAGCUACAGAUAUAACAUCUAAGAUUACACUUAACGAUGGCUUGAGUAUGCCUCUGUUUGGACUUGGUGUGUGGCGAGCCUCACCGGGACCGGGUGGACAGACAGAACAAGCCGUAGAGUUCGCAUUACAGAAGGGAUAUCGAAUGAUAGACACGGCUGAAAUGUAUGAAAAUGAAGCCGAUGUAGGAAGAGAACUAAAGAAAUCCGGAUUAAACAGAGAAGAUGUUUUUCUUGUCACAAAGCUUAGUGAAAAUGGUUACGAUCGAUGCAAGAAAAUAUUCAAAGAAAGUUUGGAAAAGCUAGAUGUGCGGUAUAUAGAUCUUUACCUAGUACACUCACCAAAAAGUGGUAAAAUAAUCGAAACAUACAAAGCCAUGUUGGAACUGAAAGAACAAGGUCAUAUAAAAUCGGUAGGUGUAUCCAAUUUUGGUAUCCAACAUUUAGAGGGUAUAAAUUCUUAUGGACUCCCUGUACCAUCAGUUAAUCAGAUAGAACUACAUCCAUGGCAACAGAAACCAGAUAUAGUUAAAUACUGUAGAGACAAUAAUAUUGCAGUUAUGGGAUAUGCUCCUCUCGUCAAAGAACACAGAUUUGAUGACGAAACACUUUGUGAGAUUGCAAAAAGAAACAACAAAUCACCAGCACAAAUACUUAUUAGAUGGAGUUUACAACAUGGUUUCAUAACAAUUCCUAAAUCUGUACAAUCUGGUAGAAUAGAAGAAAAUAUGCUAGUAUUUGAUUGGUCAUUAAAUGACGAAGAUAUGGCAAUAUUAGAUAAUGAUCCAGACAAAUCCUGCAAACCAUGGAACCCCUGUGAUGUACCUUGGACAGGAUGAUAUCUUUUUAAGUCUGUUUUAUGAAAUAUUGUAUUUAUAUAUAAGCAUAUAACUAAAAGAUAAUAAACAGAUUGGCACUUUUACAAGUUAAACGUCCACACUCAGUACUGUAGCAAACACUCUAAACAUUAGGAUUUUCGUGACUAUUGUUGCAAUGAAAUACCGUAAUUUUCUAGUGAAAUAAAAACGGAUGAUUCACACGUGAAAUUACUCUGUAUUUACACACAUCCGACAUUAUAAAACAAUAGGGUUGACAAAACGUUUUCAAUCAAAAUGUAUCGAAAUAAAGUGAGAACGCACACUCAUCCGACGUUAUAGAACAAUAGCGUUAGUGGGAACGCGUAGAAAAGCAAAAAUUAAAUUUCCUGCCAACAUGCUUAAUAUGAAAGUCAAUCAUAAAAAAUCACUUAUUUACAUGAAAACACAAUUGAACUAGAUGUUUAAAAGAAAAAUCCUCUAAACACUCAAAUCUUAUCAAAGAAAACUUAAAUACUGACCUUUCUAGGAACAGACAUAAAAUGUGUUAAGAGUUAAACCAGUUCUAUAAUCCCCCUUGUCUUUAUUGAUUGUAAAUUAAAACAAAAGAUUAAAGAUAGCCAAUCAAACCGAAACCCGAAGUGAAAUUAUGUACCCUUGAAGGAUAAGCAGUAUCUUCCCCACAAGUGCAACCGUCGUGUUGUUUGUCGCAAGUAAAAACAUGUGCCUGUCCCAAACCAGGUGCCAGUGGUUCAGUGGUUGUCGUUGGUUGACGUCUGUCAUAUUUGUUUUCGUAAACUGAUUAAUUAUGAAUUAGGCCGUUAAUUUUCUCAAUUUAAUUAUUUCAUAUUUUUCAU